UACAAAGGCUCCCAGGGAGCGGGGACAGUUCCAGGCCAAGAGCCCCUUCCCGCCUCCCAGCCUCAGGUGGCCCAUACCUGGGCUGUGCCUGCCGCCCACCCAGCCCUUUCUGGGCCGGUGGCCAGUGCUGGAGCAGGUCUGCCAGGCCCCCCAGAGUGGGGCAGGAGCGGGUGGCUGCUCAUGGGGCUCCAGGGAACCCCCAAACCAGGCCCCCUGGCCCAUAAACAUUUACAAGGUUGUGAGGGGCUGACGUCAUCCCUGCCCCCCACGCAGGCCCUGUGAGGCCGCUCGCUGGCUGGAGUGUCCCACCCGCCUCCUGCUACAGAAGCCCCUGGGGGCAGAGACUGAGCUGGACAUAGCCCCUGGCCCCAAGUCACCAGGAGGGGGACGGGAGGGGUCAAAGGGAGACCCAAGGAGGAGGGGGCUCCAGUGAGCCUGAGAGGCAAGUGCACCCCAGGCAGGGGGCCAGGGAGCCCACGCCCCAGGGGCCCAGCCUGGAGAGGUGCUGGCCAGCCCCUCCCAGGCCACCAGGGCUCUGAGCUUAGGAACAGGGAAGACGGGAGCUGUGGUGGGGCGCGUUCCAGGCCCUGCACCCGGGGCAGGGGACCCCAAGCUUCCCUCCUGCUGGCUCUGGGUGGAGAGCUCGCGGUGGUUCUCCCAAGGACUUCGCGAAUGCUCUGGUCAUCAGCGCGGAGCGGCCCCAGCAGCCCUUGCAGGACCCUGGGAAGUGCUGUGGGACGGCGCGGUGGCCACACCUGUCAUCCCAGGGGCUGUGGAGGCUGAGGCGGGAGGAUGGCAAGUUCGAGACCAGCCUCAGCAACUUAGCCAAGUCCUGGAGGACUUAGUGAGACUCUCCCUCAAGAAGCAAACGGAGGGGCCAGCGGCCCACGACUCCACCUUCCAGCCUGGCCCCUGGCAGCUUCCGAAUCCCAGCGGCCUGCGUGCCUCCUGAGGGCCGGGCUCAAGACGGCCGGCACCAGUGAGUCCCCAGGGACACCCGCAGGGAGCCACUUGCCUCGGGAAGCUGAGGCGUGGAGCAGCCCCAGACCCGUCAGGUACUCUGCUCUGAGCCUCCCCGGAGUCUGGAUCCAGAGGCAGGCCUGGCUCAGCCUCCAGCCUCACCAUUGGUGGUCUCUGCCCGGAGCCUAGAGGGCCAGUCCCCCACCCAGCCCUCUCUCACCUCCAAGGCCCCUGGACUCUGAAGAGUUGCUGAACCAGCAAAGGAGAGGGGCGAGCCAGGUAAAACAGAUUUGGGCCACAGAAGUCAAAGGAUUCCAAAGGGUGUUGGGGACUCAAUCUCAGCCGUCCCCGUCCCACAUCCACCCUCAGAGGCCGCCUGCCAGGUUUCUAGUUUGGCCUUUCCAAGGCCUUCCAGGCUGAAACGCAUGCCUGCGGAUUUCCUGUUCCCCACAGAAACCAUACCACAGGCGGCUGCUCCUUCGUCCUUUAACAGCAGCUUGGAUUUCCUCCUCCUAAUGAAGGAUCCCCACUCUUUUUAAUGGUGGCGUAAUAUUCCACGGUGUUCUCAUGGCAGAGGUGUUCUUCCCGGCCUUCCCCACCAUCCGGCUGCCACGCCAGAGCCCUCCGGACGCCACCUGGCACGUGGGUGAUGUGCCCACACCCUCCCUGAGCACCAGUCAACUUGUCUGAGCAGGUUAGGUUUACAGAAAAUUCGAGAAGCACGGACUGGGGUGCCCGCAGCCGCCUGCCACCCACGCAGCUCCCGGUCUUGCCUCCGAGGUUACGGCUGCCACAGCUGAUGGGCGAGUGAGACAAGACGUCCUUCGCCGAAGUCCCCAGCGUGACCCCAGGGUCACCUCGGUAGACGUGGGAAGGGGCUCAUCGGCUGCAGGGUGACCGCCCGCGGUCCCUGCACGUCCCCCUCUCCACCACUGGCCCCUCACGAGAACGCAGAGGCAGGCGGGCGCCUCCCGGCUGGGGUCCAUGGCCGCGUCCCCCUGCCGGGCUCACAGACUCCUUUCCUGGGCUCCACCGAGCUGCCGUCGUCCGUUCGCCCGGAAGCCCAGGGCGCUGCGUCCCCGUCCGGCCGCUGUGGAUGUCCACAUGCAGGUUCCGAGGGGCAUCUGUUUUCUGCCCCUCCGGGUGACAUCAGGGCCGAGCUGGGUGGCACCUGGAGCAGGUUGGGUUGUGAGCGCCUGCCCGGCUGCCUCGGCGGCCACCUGAGCGCCCCUGCUCCGCGUCCUCUCCAGGCCCCUGCUGGCAUUCUGGAUUUGGGUCACUCUAAAGUGUGUCGUGGGAUCUUGUUUAAAUUUGCCCGAUUUUUAAGUAAACACUUGUUGAGCUGCCUCCUGGGUGCCCCGCACAGGUCCAGCACCUUCUGUACCACGGGACUUCUUUGCCAUCUCGGUGCCUUUUGGGCUGGAAGGAAGGCGUUGGUAUCCAUUUUACAGAUGAAACAAACAAGGCUCAGAGAGAGAUGUUCACUUAUCCAAGGUCACACAGCAGAUGGAGGUGGAGCCAGAGCAUCUGGCUGACACUGGAACGCUUCUGUCUGCUGUGUGCUGGCCACUAGGGACACAGUGGUGGCCGAGACAGUCCUGGUUCACUCUCCUGAGGCUCACGGUCCAGUGACCAGGCUGAGCAAGGCUGUAAUGGGGUCACAUGGCAAGAAGGGACAGCCUGGGUGUCUACGGAGACUUCCUGGAGAACAGGUGAUAAAGCAUGAGGUGUUUGCACAGGGGAACAUAGUGGCCUAGGGCAGGAACAGUACCGAGGUGGCUCAGAGGCCCUGGGCACGGCCCCCAGGCCUGGCCCCCCGCCACCUGGGGGUGAGGCUCAGCGGGGCUCCACCUGCCCGUGCCGGGGGUGGAGCAGUCUGGGCAUCUGAGGCCCUGACAGGAGGACCCCCAGGUGGGCAGUGGUGCCAGCCCGGUCCUCACUUCCGGGUGAAAGGAAGUGUCAGGCUGGACAUGGGGUCACCUGUUUGCACCCCGCCCAGACCCUUGGUGCGAUGGGCCCUCAGUACCGUCCACCCUGUGUGCGAGGCUGACCUGUGGAGCCCCAGGGGCUCCGCCCACACCCGCCCAGUGACCCGUUAACGAUGGAUAAGGAGCCAGGGCAGGGGACCGGGAGGUGGCUGCUGGCCUGGGGGCCCCUCUCCACCAGUCACAGGCCACCUGAAGGCCCCAGAGAGCCUGCCUGGCCCACGUGCCUCCCAGUGCCCGGGACCCUCCCCACACCCAGACCAGGACGCGGUUGGAAGGUAAAGCGAGGCCGUCUGUCCGGGCGGGCGGGACGGCAGGACGCUGCCCAGCAGCCGGGCCCUUCCCGAGCCCUCCACCCGGCUCUGUGGUCACCACAGCCCACCAGGGGCCCAGGCCUCCCAGUCACGUGUGCCCCACUUGGUGCUGGACCUUGGGGCUCCUGGGGGACAGGCGCCCACAUCUGCCGGGGAAGCAGAGGUGACUCUGCACCCUGUGCACCUGGGCAGUGUCCCCGCGUCCUCCCCACGUGCCGCCUCCUGACCUCCUGGCCCGGUGCGGGUGUCCAGGGUCCCUGGCCGGGCGCAGGACCAGCAGGCACUUCCUGAGAAGCUAGUUGCCCUGUUCUGAGGAGCCCGGUGUCGCCGCCCCUCGGGAGCCUGGAGGGCGGCCAGGGCGCGUCCCCUAACGCCUGAGAGCACGGCCGGGCCAGCGGCUUCUCCGUGCCAUGGCCGUCACCCGAGCGCUGGGAUGGGGACCCGCGGCCUGGGGCGGGGGCUGGCUGGGCAGACCAGGCCGGGUUGGGGACAGGAGUUGGCCGGCCACAUCCAGGCGCCCAGCCUCCUCCUGCCCGGGGAGGGGCUGAGCGGGAACGGAGGCUAAUUUUAGCCCUGAUGACACCCCCUGGCCGCCUGCCCCGUCCAAACAUCCCCAGCCAAGCUGGAGGUUCAAAGCGUCCCCCACCCGCCACCGCCUUCCAAGGGGCCUGUUUAUCCCUCGGCCUGGGCCAGAGCAUUCCUUGCCUGCCCGCGCCUGCCGCAGGCCUCUGUCCAGGGCCCUGCGGGCGCCGCCUGUCACCUGGGUGGGGACGCCUCACCUGGGGGUGCCCGAGACAGGCGCGGCGCCCCCCAAGACUUCCUGCGCCCCAGCUCUCCAGGCCACACUCUCAUGUACUUGGCUCCUACUGGGUGCCAGGUCCCCGGGGCACCCGGUCUGGGGGGACACUGACCAGGUGCGUCGGGACUGUUCUGUUUAUCUUUGCGCCGGUUCAUUGUUCACCCGCCGCGUGUCAACUGACCCCCAGGGAGUCGGCCCUCCUUCCAGGGGUCCCUAAGGAGCAGGGAGAGCCCUCCGGGUGGACAUUCUGGUGGGGGUGUUGGUCCAGGGACAGUGAACCACGUGUCUGGUUUACGAGUCGGGCAAAUCAUUGCAGUGCUUGCCCCGUGAGUGUGUGUGUGUGUGUAGCCGGGGGCGAAGCCAGGCUUCUCACACGCUGGGCGAGUGUCCUACCCGAGACACACCCAGCCCUGUGAGCUCGUGGACGGGACUGGCCGCUGUGGGAAACUAAGGCCAGGGCGGGCCCAGGCACACUGUGGGGGACGCACUGGAGCCAUCUGGGUGUCAGGGGCACGAGGGUUCUAGGCAGUGCCUGCAAAGGUCCUGGGGCAUGAAGAGUGAGGGGCACAGGCAGAGAGGCCUCGGGGUUCACAGCUUUGCGGUGGCGGUCACUGGAGGCUUGGGACAAACCAGAGCUGAGGAUGGCGCGAUGUGGCCUGAAACUCCCAUCUGGCUCGCGAUCCCAUCCCCAGCACCACCACCCCGCGGAUCAUGGCUGCAGCUGCCUGGAGCCUGAGUGGCUGCAGGUGGGUGCCAACUCUCAAGGAGAGCUUCCGGAACAUUCUGAGAGCCUGGGUGGGGGAAAGUGGGGCAAGUGCUGCUCUCCAGAGGACAAUCAUGGGACAGAGCGGGCAGGGGCACAUUCGGCACCUUCUGCACGUGGCAUCUCCAAGGGCGCCCACAGCGCCGGGCCUGGCAACUCUCGCCAACAUUCCUGGUUUUUUGUUUUUGUUCUUGGCUGGUGGAAUGACAGGUGUCUUAGAGGACUUGAAAACACCCCCAAAUCAAGCCGAGGAAGCAGAAAACCUUUUUAACCUCUUCGUCCCAACAGCUUUUUCUUUCUCACAAAAUACCGCCCCUGGUUUUCUGCUUCUCAGCCAUCACGUGCCUGCUCCCCAAAACCUUUCCAGAGAGAGAAAGGCCCCUUUGUCCCGCCCUCCCGACGGCUGCACCCACACGCUAUUGUCUUUUCACACUCCGUUUUGCAAUGGGCUUUUUUUCCAGUCGACAAAUGAUGGCCCCACAGCUUUUAUUUACCGAAACUGGAAAAUGAAGCAUGUCCAGCCCCCACCUCUCCCCACCGGGCUGAAAUUCAAGCCGCGGGAACCCGCGGGCUGGGGUGCCGGGCAGGCAGACCCCGACGUGCCAGGGGGCUGGGUGAAGAAAGGCCGGGGGCGGGUGGCAGGGGAUGCCAGGUUCCUGUCACCUUGGACGUCCCUGCUCCCCCUCCGUUCCGCAGCCCCAGCACCCCUUGACGAGCAGGGGAGGCCAGGUUUUUCAAAAUACCACGGAGGAGAGAGCGAGCCAGGGACCCAGACCCGCGGGUUUCUCUCCCCGCCCACUGUCUGCCCUGCAGAGACCCUGGAGAGUCAGGAGGAUGACCAGGAUACCCGCGUCGGUUCCAUCUUGCAAGCAGGAGGCAGAAGCCCAGAGAAGUGCCGGGUCACACCUAGGUGACACAGCUGCCGGGCCAGUCUGUUCUCCAAAGCUCUCAGGGUCAAGAGCUCUGCGACCAGAUGGGCCCAGGUGUGGCCCACCUCCACCUCCACCUCCGCCCAGGGGCUGCAGGUGGAUUAGGACUGUAAAGAGGACUUCCGGAACAUUCUGGAACAUGCUGGGGGUGGGGAGAGGGCUGGGGUAGGUGGCUGAGUCUGAGGUCUCACCUCAUCUCCCCGUCUUCCUGAUGAGUCCUCAGGGAGGCCAGCAAUGCCUUCAGGGGGCGGGUGGAGGAUGGACAGGGCCCUGGGCAGGGGAAGCCUGGGCUGCAGUGCCUCUGACCAGCUGCGCCCCACGCCGCACACCUGGGGCCCCUCUCCCGCCACCCGGCUGCAGGGGCGGGAGGUGUCUGGAGGCCAGGCCCCGGCUUCCUCCCAGGCUGGGGCAUGGCGGGGGGCCCCGGUGCUGUCCCCCACAGCCCCUGGGGCUCCGUGCUCACCCUCCACCUGGACCAGUGUCUGAGGACUGAGCGUCUCCCUCUUGCACGACUUCUCUUCGACCCCCUCCAUCUGGAAUUGUUCGAGGCGUGGAGGAGCUUGACAACCCCCCGUGGGUCUCACGAAGGCACCUGGGGGCAACCCAGUGCCCCAGGCCCCACUCCCUGCCCGAGCCCCAGCUGCAUGGAUGGAACACAGUCUGCCCGCCCAGGCCGGGGUCCCCUCCCCUCCUCCUGCCCUGCCAGCACCCCCUGGCUGGCGGCCCAGAGGCCUGGGGGAUGGAAUUUCCAGCAGGUACGAUUCCAUCGCCCACCUGCCCGGGUCAAAGGAGGCACUGGGGGUCCGAGGAGGGCAGAGACCCCAGCAAGGGGGUGCAUUUGGCCUCGCCUCAUCUCAACCAGUCCCAGCUCGUCCUGUGCCUGAGGGAGGAGAUCUGGGCCCUGCCAGGUCGGCCUGCCUGAGUGCCAUCCCCAGAAAGGCCCAGGACACCUCUCAGGACACACAGCACGCUCAGGAGGGACGCUCCCUGGGACUGGGCAGAUAUUCCUCAGACCCCACAGGCUGGGACCUCCGGCCAGUGACUGGGCGACUGCAUUCCAAGGCCAGACAGCCUGAUCCGAAGCCACCUGCACCACAGCUUGUGACCAGAGCUCAGGAAAGGCAAUGAUACCGAGAAGUUCCCACGGAAAUGGCCCUGGACACAAAGCCAAAGGAGAAAGCGCAUGAGGGUGGACAGCAGUGACGGAGGGCAGAGGCGGGCGCCCUGGGGGUGCUGCGGGAGCUGGGCUGGCUGAGGCAGGGGGAGCUGGGGUUGGCACGCCAGGUCGGCAGCUGCGCAGGGAGCCUGUCGGGCCGCUUGGGUGGCAGGAUCUGGGCCCGCACCUGCUUCCUGCCCUGUCAAAGGAGCGUGCAUCGGUCCCAGUCCCUGUGGAGUGACAGGAUGGCCGAGGGGUCAGUGUGGGUAGAGUCCCAGACCCAAAUGCCCCAGAAAGAUGGUCACCAGCAACUCAAAUCUCCGCAAUUGGGGCUCAGCUGUGUGGAGCUCAGCCUGGGCUGGGGGCUCAGAUUGGGGUAGGUGCCGAGUUGGCGAGCAGGCUCACCCAGGUCAAGGCUUGGCCACGGUGACAGCCCACCCUGGGAGCACCACCCCUGUGCCAGUAGGCAUCCUGCCUCGCCUGCCCUGCAGGGCUGAGCCAGGUGCUGCCGGCCUGGAGAGGCUCAGCAGGGUUAGGGAAAAUCGCCGUCAGCCCCCAGGCCUGGCUGCUCCUGCCCUGGCCCACACCCAACCCAGGAGCUGGUGAUGGAUGGACAGAUGUUGCUCCAGGGGCUCAGGGUCCUGAGUGCAGGUGUGGGGACCCCCCAAGACAGCAUCACCCUCAUAAUCCAUCUGGCCACAGGGCAGAGAGUGGAUCUGAACCACAGCACUAGGAAGCCAGGACAGGGAGGCCAGGCAGAGCUCCCCUCCAGCUCCAGUCCUGGCUGGCACCAGGAGCGCCGGGCAGAGACCUCCUGACCCGGCCGCAGGAAGGAUGAAGCUCCUCAUGGCGCCUCUGGGGUGCUGGAGGUGUGUCGAGCACACAAUAGGGCCAUUCCGCUCAGAUCCUCCCUGGGCUGGGAGCUCACUCCUGCGGACAGCAGCGGUGGUGCCAGCAGAAGCCCAACCACGCGAGUGGGAAGCGGGAGAUCCCCGCGAGCAGACCCUCACCCAGGUGUUUCAGAGAGCAAAAGGCAGGGCCAGGGUCCCAACCAUUAGAAAUACCGAAGUCCUGCAAGAAAUCACACCCACGGUCAAAGUGGGUGGGCAGCGGCUCACUUCAUUUCUCCAGAGCAGGGCCAAUGCCGGGGCCGCAGGGCCGCCUCCUUAUAUCCCUAGCCCAGCACCGCCCCUUGCCCUGAUUGGUGGAGCUCAGGGCCGACGUCCAUGGGAUUGGCUGACUUUAAUAUUGGGGCGGGCGAGCAGGGCUGGCUGUAGCCCAGCCGCAGCGCGCUUGCCUAGCGCAUGAGGCUCCGGGUUGGAUCUUAAGCACCACAUUAAGAAAAACAAUAAUAAACAAAUAAAAUAAA